AUGUUUCCUUUCUCUCUCUCCUCUUCUUUAUUUCUCUUUUCCUUCUCUCUCUCCUCUUUUCUUUCUCUCCCUCAUUAUUCUCUUUCCUUUCUAUCUUCUUUUUCUUUAUUUCUCCCCCUCUCUUUCUCUCUCACCUCUCUUUCUUUAUCUCUCUCCAAUUUCUCUCUCUCUCUCUCUAUUAACCCUGAAGGCAAAACCCAAGAUUCCCAACAAUGCAAAUUCCCUUUUCCCCAUUUUGCUCUUCGUUUUCUCUCUCUCUCUCUCUCUCUCUCUCUCUCUCUCUCUCUCUCUCUCUCCCCUUUUAUAUACUUUUUCUUUCUACAUCUUUCAUUAUUUUUUCUCUUCCUCCAUUUCUCUCCCUUUCUGUCUCUUCCUCCAUUUCUUUCUCUUUCAUUUUUCUUCCUCCAUUUCUUUCUCUUUUCUUUUCUUUCUCCACUUCUCUCCUUUCCUUCUCUUUCUCCACUUCUCUCCUUUCCUUCUCUUUCUCCAUUUCUCUCCUUUCCUUCUCUUUCUCCAUUUUUCUCCUUUCCUUCUCUUUCUCCACUUCUCUCCUUCCCUUCUCUUUCUCCAUUUCUCUCCUUCCCUUCUCUUUCUCCAUUUCUCUCCUUCCCUUCUCUUUCUCCAUUUCUCUCCUUCCCUUCUCUUUCUCCAUUUCUCUCUUUUCCUUCUUUAUUCCUGUCUUUCUUCAUUUAUUUUCCACUUUUUUCAUCUUUUUUUUCUUUUCAAUCUUUCUUCCUCUCACUCAUUUUCUCAGAAUCUUUAUUAUUUUGCCUUUACUCGCAUCUUCCACUCCUCUUUUCUUUCCUUCAUAUUAUUUCCAUUCAUUCUAUCUGGGUCAGUUUUUCCCCCACCAUCUUGUUUCUUUAUUUUUCCUUCUUUUUACAAACCAUCCACUCCUUUUUUUCCCCCUUUCUCCAUCCUUGCUCUCAUUUUCAAUUUUAUCCUCUACCUCUAUCCUUACUCUCCUUCCUGCUUCUCUCUAUCCUUGCUGUCCUUUUCAUUUUUGUCCUCCAGUCUCUCAUUGUUUUUGUUUCCUUUUUAUUUACCCAGUCUCCAUCCUUGCUCUCCUUUCCUUUUCUCUUCUGUCUCCAACCUUGCUCUCCCUUUCCGUUUUGUCCCUAUCUUUAUCCUUGCUCUCUUUUUCUUUUUUCUUCCCUGAGCCUCCGCCCUUGCUCACCUUUCCUUUUUCUCUCUUCUAUUUCCAUUUUUUUUAUCCCAGUUUCUAUUCUUGCUCUCCUGUUACCUUUUUUUCUGUCAAUCAUUGUUCAUUUUUUUCUUUUUCUCCCUCCUUGCUCUCUCUUUUUCAUUCUUUUUUCUUUACUAUCUCCAUUUUUGCUUUCUUUUUCUUUUCUCUCUCAUUCCCUUUUUUCUUCCAGGCAACGUGUUGCUGGGAGGAGUAGGGACCAGGGUAGAAGGAGAGGUGAUGAGGGAAGAAAGGGGCUGGUGGGACAGGCGGACAAGACCCUUGGCAAAGCCAACUGCAGGUUGCAUUUUCCUAUUGCUUUCCACAUUUCGCGACCUGCCCGCAACACCCCCAACAUCCCACUCCUGCCUGUACUGUUCAGUUGUGGCGUCUAUUUCCCUAGUAUCCCCCCCCACACUCCUUUCCCAUCUCCCAAGAUUCACUCAUUUUUAUUUCUUUCUUUUAAUUUUGUUGCCUUCUCUCUCUCUCUCUCUCUCUCUCUCUCUCUCUCUCUCUCUCUCUCUCUCUAUUUGACUCCCUGUCUCUUUUUCUCUAUUCUUAUCUUUAUCAUUUCUCUCUUAUCGUAUUUUCUCUCUUUUUUCUCUCUUCCUCCUUUAUCCACUUCUCUCUUCAUGUAUUUGACUCUUUCUCUCUCUAACCCUAUCUUUAUCCUUAUUUUUUCUCUUCCCUCUUUUGCCUCUAUUUGUCUCUCUAUUUUCUUUAUCUCUCUGUCCCUCUUUUUCUCUAUGCCUCCAUUUCUCUUUCUGCCUAUUUCUCUCUUUUUCCUUUCUUUUUUGUUCACUUCUCUCUCAAUAUUCUUUUUCUCUUUCUCUCUCAUUGUCCUUUUCAUCCUUUCUAUUUAUGCUCCCCUCUUUGUUCCUAUUUAUCUGUUAUUCUCUCUAGCUCUUCUUUCUUCCUCCACUCUCUCUACAUUUUUUUUCUCUAUUUCUUAUUCCCAUUUUCUGUUGCCUUAA